AUGCCAUGCCAAGAUCGCUGUGCAUUGGGAUGUAUCGAUCGCUUGGAGGAUUGGCUCUACCAACGUGGCUACUGCAAGUUGAUCUUCGGCUUUCUAAAUCGCUUCAUGAAACAACUUGGAAAUGCUCUCGUGUUUGCCGUUUACAUUCUCACUGCCGUCAUCACUUUUACAUCGUAUGCAAUUCUUCUUCCCUAUGAACAGAAGUAUCAAUCGCCAUGGAUUCUUUCGAUUUACGCAGCGGUCGGCUUCUACUUUUGCAUUAGCAUUGUUUACCAUUACACGAUGGCUCGGACACUUCCGCCAAUCAGCAAUCACGGGAAAGAAGGCGACAAAUGGUGCUCAAAAUGUGCCAAUUGGAAGUGUCCUCGAACUCAUCACUGCUCGGUUUGCCAAAAAUGUGUCUUGGGGAUGGACCAUCAUUGCAUUUGGGUGAAUCAAUGCGUCGGCACGCACAAUCAUCGCCAUUUCUUCAUGUUCAUCUUUUUCCUCAGCUUCACAACGAUUAUGAUUGCAUGGGUCGGCUUCAACACUAUCUACGAUCAUGUUUUUGAGGUGCGCUAUUUGACUGAAUAUUUCUAUUGCACUACGACGUUGGAUUACGCACCUUUACAAACAUGGAUUUGCGAUCAAGGGGAAUUGGCUAGGAAUUUGAUUAUCUUUGUUUACUUGCUCUGUGCGUUGCUCAUCCUCUUGGUCGGAGGACUCACCCUCUGGAACGUUUACCUCAUCACAAAAGGGUUUACAUAUGUGGAUUACUUGCUUUCUCAACUCAAAAUGGUGCGCUACUUCGUCGAGGAGAAAGGCUGGGAUGGACGAACGAUCGGCUAUCGUAAUCCAUAUGAUCUGGGGUGGCGCGAGAAUUGGCGGAACUUCUUGGGAUUGCGACGAAAUCGAACCUUCUGGCGCCAUGUGCUUCUCCCAUCUGGCCAUCCGCCAAUCAUCAUCGACGAGAAAGGAGAUCCCGAAAGCGUUCUUGUUGUUGAGCAGGUU